GGUUCCGGGUCGCGGCGCGGCUCGGGGCGACAGGGCUGCUGCUUGGCCGGCGAGCAGCGGCGAGCGGCGGGGAUAUGAGGGCGAGCCCGGAAAGCGGUAGCUGAGCCGGCCGGGAGGAGCGCCAGUGCCAGAGGAUUCCGAGAGUGCGCAGUUUGGGGUUAGGGGCCGGGAGGCUUGGGCAGCCGGGCCCUCUUCUCAGGAACGUGUCCCGGGGCCGAUCCGGCCCGUAGAGUGGCAGCAGCUUCAGGUAGGUGAACCCGUGAAACAAUAUGAAGAGGAGAAAAUAGCCUUUUAAGGAAAUUGGCCCACAGAAAGGAUGGCCUUCUUGGACAAUCCAACUAUCAUUCUAGCUCAUAUUCGACAGUCACACGUGACGAGUGAUGACACAGGAAUGUGUGAGAUGGUUCUCAUUGAUCAUGAUGUUGACCUAGAGAAAAUUCAUCCUCCUUCAAUGCCUGGAGACAGUGGGCCAGAAAUUCAGGGAAGCAAUGGUGAGACUCAGGGCUAUGUAUAUGCCCAGUCAGUCGAUAUUACCUCAAGUUGGGACUUUGGUAUUAGAAGACGCUCAAAUACAGCUCAAAGAUUAGAACGACUCCGAAAAGAGAGACAAAACCAGAUCAAAUGCAAAAAUAUUCAGUGGAAAGAAAGAAAUUCUAAGCAAUCAGCCCAGGAGUUAAAGUCACUCUUUGAAAAAAAGUCCCUCAAAGAGAAGCCUCCGAGUUCUGGAAAGCAGUCAAUGUUAUCUGUGCGUCUGGAGCAGUGUCCUCUGCAGCUGAACAACCCUUUCAAUGAGUACUCCAAGUAUGAUGGCAAGGGUCAUGUAGGCACAACGGCAACCAAGAAGAUCGAUGUCUACCUCCCCCUGCACGCAAGCCAGGACAGAUUGCUGCCAAUGACUGUGGUGACCAUGGCCAGCGCCAGGGUACAGGACCUGAUUGGGCUCAUCUGUUGGCAGUACACAAGUGAAGGACGGGAGCCGAAGCUCAAUGACAAUGUCAGUGCCUACUGCCUGCAUAUUGCCGAGGAUGAUGGGGAGGUCGACACUGAUUUCCCCCCACUGGAUUCCAACGAGCCCAUUCACAAGUUUGGCUUCAGUACUUUGGCCCUGGUUGAAAAGUAUUCAUCUCCAGGCCUGACUUCCAAAGAGUCGCUUUUUGUUCGAAUGGAGCCUGUGAAUUCAUCUGUUGACCCUGAGGGGCCCUUGGACCUCAGAAAUGCUGCUCAUGGAUUCUCCCUUAUUCAGGUGGACAACACAAAGGUCACCAUGAAAGAAAUCCUGCUAAAGGCAGUGAAGCGGAGAAAAGGAUCCCAGAAAAUUUCAGGCCCUCAGUACCGCCUGGAAAAGCAGAGCGAACCCAAUGUCGCCGUGGACCUGGAGAGCACGUUGGAGAGCCAGAGCGCCUGGGAGUUCUGCCUGGUCCGCGAGAACAGUUCAAGGGCAGACGGGGUUUUUGAGGAGGACUCACAGAUCGACAUAGCUACAGUCCAAGAUAUGCUCAGCAGCCACCACUACAAGUCAUUCAAAGUCAGCAUGAUCCACAGACUGCGCUUCACAACCGACGUGCAGUUAGGUAUCUCCGGAGACAAGGUGGAGAUAGACCCCGUAACGAAUCAGAAAGCCAGCACUAAGUUUUGGAUUAAGCAGAAACCCGUCUCCAUCGAUUCUGACCUGCUCUGUGCCUGUGACCUUGCUGAAGAAAAAAGCCCCAGUCACGCAAUAUUUAAACUCACGUAUCUAAGCAAUCAUGACUACAAACACCUCUACUUCGAGUCCGACGCUGCUACCGUCAAUGAAAUCGUGCUCAAGGUUAACUACAUCCUGGAGUCACGCGCAAGCACCGCCCGGGCUGACUAUUUUGCUCAGAAACAAAGAAAACUGAACAGACGUACGAGCUUCAGCUUCCAGAAGGAGAAGAAAUCAGGGCAGCAAUGACGCCGGCUGCAGCCUCGACCG